UCUACUUAAUGCUCCUACAUUUCUACUACAUUUCUUUAUUAUUACUAUUCCCUUCAGUCUGACUUGGCUGCAGGGAUUCUACGCCGCAAUUGAUGAGCCCUGAAGUUCACAGAGGGGAGCAGGAAAUGGAUCAGGAAGCCGCAAAAUGUAGAAGCUCCGUUGCCACACAAAAGACCAUUCACCCACUCAUUAUUGGCACUUAUUUGACUCACUCAGUUGGGUUGACCUGGUAGUCUCAUCGGAAGUUUUCAGCUCCCAGGCAUGGCCACCUGGGCUUCCUUCCUCAUAAGAGGAGCCGCCGACAUCGAGGGAAAGUGAAGAGUUGGCCCAAGGAUGAUCCCAGCAAACCAGUGCACCUGACGGCCUUCCUGGGCUAUAAAGCUGGCAUGACACACAUCCUGCGGGAACUUCAUAGAUCAGGACUAAAAAUCUCUAAGCGAGAGGAAGUAGAAGCCGUCACUAUCAUUGAAACUCCACCCUUGGUGGUCGUUGGGCUAGUGGGCUAUAUCGAGACGCCAAGGGGGCUGAGAAAUUUCAAAACCAUCUUUGCAGAACAUAUAAGUGAUGAAUGCCGAAGACGCUUCUACAAGAACUGGCACAAGAGCAAAAAGAAGGCAUUCACUAAGUACUGCAAGAAAUGGCAAGAUGAAGCUGGAAAGAAGCAGCUGGAGAAGGACUUUGUGUCCAUAAAGAAGUACUGCAAGAUUGUCCGUGUCAUUGUGCACACCCAGAUGAAGCUCCUGCCAAUGAGGCAGAAGAAAGCACAUAUUAUGGAGAUCCAGCUCAAUGGAGGCUCUGUGGCAGAGAAAGUUGACUGGGCUCGUGAGAAGCUGGAGAAGCUGGUGUCUGUGCACAGUGUCUUCAGCCAGAGUGAGAUGAUCGAUGUCAUUGGAGUCACCAAAGGACAUGGGAUGAAAGGGGUGACGAGUCGCUGGCAUACCAAGAAACUCCCAAGAAAGACUCACAAAGGCCUGCGGAAGGUUGCCUGCAUUGGAGCCUGGCACCCUGCGCGGGUGGGCUACUCGAUUGCCCGGGCUGGCCAGAAGGGCUACCACCACCGCACAGAACUCAACAAGAAGGUUUAUCGCAUCGGCCGUGGGAUCCAUGUAGAAGAUGGCAAAGUGGUCAGAAACAAUGCAUCCACCAAUUAUGACCCAACAGAGAAAAGCAUCACCCCCCUGGGUGGAUUCCCUCAGUAUGGAGAAGUCAACAACGACUUUGUGAUGGUGAAGGGCUGUGUGUUGGGUACCAGGAAGCGGGUGCUGACCCUGAGGAAGUCCCUUCUGGUCCACACAAGCCGAAAAGCUCUGGAGGCUGUGGAGCUGAAAUUCAUCGACACCACCUCCAAGUUUGGCCACGGCUGCUUCCAGACAGCACAAGAGAAGCGGGCCUUCAUGGGCCCUCAGAAGAAACACCUGCUGAAAGGGAAGCCAGAAACUUCAGAGGAAUUGUAAAGGUGUUUCUCUGAAGAAGAGACUUCGGAAUUGUUCAUGUCUGGGGCUUUAUCAAAUAUGAGUGCAAACAUGGUCUCUGUUUUUGAAAUGGAAUAGUUUUUGUCAGCCUUAGAAAAAAGAUCACUGUAUUGAAAGAGAAACCCCAAUAUUUAUAAUAAGGGUUAUUCAGGGAGGAUAAAAAAAAUCAAUAUGGCACUUGUGAUAGCAUGAUUGAAGUGGUUGUCAUCUUGACUUUUUUUACCACUCCAUCCAUGGACAUGUCUGAACCAAGAUACUUGCUUAUAUUUUUGCACCUUUGCCUGGUGCUAAUAAAGGUA